AAGGAGAAUACAAACAGUUCCAGGGGGAUGGGGACUCUGCUUAUGGGAUUACCUCACCAUCACUUGUCAUGUAAAAAACACGAACCAAGUCAGUUCUAAUGUUUAGCAAACUAAGACAAAAACACAACCCUGCAACUUUCAACACCUACGAUAACACAAAACGUACUACAAGUAGGACUUUUCUGUUACACAUUCAGUCAUAAGGAUAACUGUGGCGAGACUGUCAGAUGUAGGACCCGAUUCUGUUAACGUCAUCACAGCGCGACGAAAACUGAAGAGUGAGAGGGGCGGGGCUAAACGGGAACCUCGGUGGCAGUUGGGGAGGUGUCAUGGCUGCUUCUGUGGGGGAAUCGGGUUAUCCCCGAGGCAUUGACAUGAAUCCGGAUCAAAGCUGCAGCUUCUACCACGAGGUCCUGGUUGGUAUCCUCCGCUCCCUCCAAACCCUGGCAGACAAGUGCUGUUUUGCCCUUUUGAAGCUUAACCUUGGAGAUGAUGUGGUGAAAAUUACAAUCGAUUGGAACAAGCUUCAGAGCCUCUCAGCACUCCAGCCAGCAUUGCUCUUUAGUGCUCUUGAACAACAUGUUUUAUAUUUUCAGCCUUUUUUAGAAAGACUUCAGUGCCUGAUUAAAGAGGAAAAUAUAACUGCCAUUGAAGAGGCUGAUAAAACAAAAACAAGCAACAAAAAUGAUACAAAAAUAUGCCCUGGUGAUAACCCAUGUGCUGAUGAAAAACACAAAGAUUGUCAUUUGGGAGUUCUUAAAGACAAGCAAAUUAACUUUGAUCCAGAAGUAGUCCAGAUAAAAGCUGGAAAAGCAGAAAUUGACAGGAGAAUAUCAGCAUUCAUUGAACGAAAGCAAGCUGAGAUAAAUGAAAACAAUGUCAGAGAAUUUUGUAAUGUAAUUGAUUGUAAUCAAGAGAAUAGCUGUGCAAGGACUGAUGCUGUUUUUACUCCUUAUCCAGGGUUUAAAAGUCAUGUCAAGGUUUCUAGGGUUGUGAAUACCUAUGGCCCACAAACUAGAGCUGAAGGAACACAGGGAACUGGUCAUAAAAUUAGUAACAUGCUUCGUGAUUGUGGGAACCAGGCUGUAGAAGAACGACUGCAAAAUAUUGAAGCUCAUUUGCGAUUGCAUACAGGUGGUCCAGUACCUAAAGACAUUUAUCAGAGAAUUAAAAAACUUGAGGAUAAAAUCUUGGAAUUGGAAGGCAUUUCCCCAGAAUAUUUUCAAUCUGUUUUUGUUGCUGUUCCCUCCAAGUAUACUUCUUUUUGCUGCCCAGAAUUUUUCUGGAAAAAGAAGAAAAGUGCAACCACCACAACAGAACUAUUCAUUGGCUGAACUUGAUGAGAAAAUUACUGCCCUUAAACAAGCUCUCCUAAGGAAAUCAAAUGAAACAGAAUCCAUGGUCACUGAUCAGCUUCCAUAAUGAAGUCUCUUCAUCAAUGACAUUUUUGUCACAAUGUAACUUAAGAAUCUCUUUAGACAGACUUUACACCAAAAUAUUUUCUUUGAGUUUUGCUACAAGUGUGUUAGAAUGUUAGUCCUACAAAUAAAUAAGUAAAACUAUUAGUUUAUUUUAAAACAUUUUGUGAAUACUUUGAAAAUAGAAGUGUCUAAAUUUAUUCCCUUCUGUUUUUAAGAAGGUGUUUUAGCAUUGUUGUUUUUAGAAAGUUAAAAACAUUAAUUUGCAAAAUUGUAUUUUUAUCUGUAAUUAUUUGUGGACCGGGAAGACCAAAAUUUUAUUUUUUCAAUAUUGGUGUUUAUUGUUUUGAUUUUUUAAAUAAUAUCCUGUUUUUAUAGUGUCUGUUUUUAAAUACCCUUGUUUAUAUAAAUAAAUGAAAUUUUCAUGUACCUUAA